AUGGCAGGGUGCUUCCCGUUCUGUGAUUGUACGAACCACCUCCCAGUCUAUCCUCCAGUCCAUACCUAUCGUCACCGGGGCAGGUGGCCGCCUCCUCAGCCACGGCCGGUUCUCCAGCACGCCACGUACCCGUAUGUCCCAUUAUACCAAUCUACUCCUGCUCAGGCGCAGCCCAUCCUUGCUGAAGAGUCGCGACGCACGAAAGAGCGGAGCCAAUCACGGGACUCGAAGACGCGUCGCGUUCACUUCGCCGAUCAACCCAUCGUCAUCGAUCUGCCAAACCACCCGCCACGAAACGCUCCGGCCGUAGAUGCAACCACUCGGCCUCGUCCGCGCUCCCCCAGCAUAACUCGCGCGCCAUCACCCAUCCGACCAGCCGUUAAUCGAGCAACCCCUCCAGUACGCUCUCCCGCUCGUGCCCCUGCUGCGCAUGCGACCCCUGCACCACCACUCAGAACUUCUGCACCUGCCGCUUUCACUCCCGCCACUGCCGCCCGGCACUGUGACCAGCGCUCCGCCACCACUCCACGAAUCCUUCACGACUUGCUCACGUCGUUCCCUUCCGGCCUCUGGGACAUGAGACGCAACGCGAGACCGACGUACCAUCCCCAACACGAGCCACGCUACUCCGAGCCCGUAUACCCGCACGACCGCCGUAAGACGUCGAUCAAGCUCUACUUCACCCCGUGUAGCCGCACCGAGUUCUCGUGGAUCACGAAGGUCCGCGCAGGUUCCAGGAAGCAUCUGACUGUGGACGACGUCUUGGAUGCGAUUAGCACCGAACUAUUCAGGCGGUCGGCGGUGAGGGACUUGUACGAAAGUCACCCGUGUUUCUCGAAGAUCCGCAGCGCGCGUCGAAUCCGGACGCGACGCGGUUACACGAAGACGCCACAUUACGACGACGCGUUCCGGAAUGUGGACUUGUACCAUGUCGACCACGGGCAGGUCCUCUACUUCCGGGGGCUCAAGCCGGAGAGAUUGCGUGAUGGGGAAGUGGUGUAUCUGGUGAAGUUCAGCUACGCAUGA